UAACAGGUACAGUAAUUUUAUGAUUAGUAAUACAUAUUCCGUUCUCAAAAGAAGAAAAUAAAUUUCAAAAAGUGGUGAAUAAGUUGAAAAACUGCGCAAAAAAUGAAAGGAAACAUGUUUUUCUAUUUUUUGGCAAUAUCUUUGGUGAUUUCUGCUAUAAUGACACCUGAAGCGGAAGCAAGAAGGAAAAUCUUAAAAGGAAGAAGAACAGUCACACGAACAUAUUUCAGAAACUUACUAAUUCCUGCAUGGGCUGUUAUCCUGUUAGUAGGAAUCGGACAGGUAAUAAUAGGAGCUAUUUUCUUCCUUAUUUUGAAGAAAAUAAUUCUUGAUCCACCUUUAACUGGACUCUAUGCACCUCCGCCUAACAUCGAAGCAUAAACGGGAAAACAUCUAACAUUCCCAUGUACAAAAUAUUUUUUAAUAGUUUUAUUAUUUACAAAAAAAGUUAACAUUUCUAUGCAUAAAUUUGUAUUGUUUCUAUUAAAAGUAGUUAUAUAAGUA